AUGUUCGUCUUUCAGCAAAAGGACCUUCCUAAGGAACCCGUCUUCCCGGCGGACCUUGAGAAACUGGGGUACUUCAUCAACGACCAGGAUCAAAUCAGAAAGAUCGCCGAUCCCGCAGAGGAGUUUCAGUUCAAGAUCAAUAAGAACCCUCGCUGGAAUGAGUUGCAGCGUGAGGCGAUGAACGCAUGCAUCCGCAACAUUGUCUCCGUCCGCCUCCGCAACCUAGGCCUCGUCACUCUACGUCUCCCUCUGACCUCCAAGUCCACGGAGCCCUAUGUCCCCAUCCUGGUCUCCAAGAACCUCUCCACCGCAUCCCGCGUCAUCGUCGUCUUUGGAGAGCCCAUCCAAGACCUCGGCAUCUGGGCCUAUCGCACCGUCGGCACGGAGAGUAUCGAUGCCGGCUCCGCCAUCGCCUUCACCCGGGCUGUUCUGAGCAAGAACGACAAAGCCAGCAGCUCUGAGAAGACGGCUCUCGUCCUAGCGAAUACCGGCCAGCUGACAUGGCACUGCGGCACCCGGCAACCCAUGACUCUGACCUCCUGGAUGAACAUGCCCCGGAAGUCGGCUGUCGAUCCGGCUCUCGUCAUGACGCGCAGGAACAAUAUCCCGGGGAACGAAUACUGGCAGAACCAUGUGGAUUAUGUCUUUGAGAAAAUACUGGCUGCGAGGGGUCGGCUGGUCAAGAAGGAUGCUAAGAUUGGUGUGAUUGGUUUGGCGGAUGGGGGAUUGGGUGCUAUUCGGUAUUUGGCUGGUCAUUGGGAAUCAUGGCGUCCGUACAUCUCAGCCAUCUGCCUCGGCAAUCCUCUUCAGCUAACUAGUGUCGACCUCGGAGACAACAGGGAUGACCCUUCGUCGUUUGCCUCCUUCGUUUCGUCUCGUUGCCGCAGCUAUGUCCUGUCUGAGGCGCCCAUGGGCAUGCCAGUCACCUCGCCCCUCGAUCACGGGUGCAACUGCUAUUCGGCUGGCGAGGCGCUGAAUCUCGAGUGCAUCAUGCCCAGGGCAAGGGCUCAUAUGCUUCACUGGCUGGAGGAGACUUUUGCGAAUCCGGAGCUCUUUGAGGCGAAGCUAGAGAUCACGGAAGUGAAUUCGGAUAGCGUUGCGGAAGAUAGUGUGGCGAGGGCUGCGGAGGGUGCAGAUAGAGUCUUUCAAGUGGAUGAAGAAGGAACUACGGAACUGGAUUCAGACAGGGUGGUAGAGGUAGAGGCAGGAAGAAUGACGGAGCUGAGCUCGGACAAGGUUGAGGAGGUAGAUGAAGAAAGAAUCCAGGAAGUGGACUCUGACAAGGUUGAGGAAGGAAAUGCAGGAAAUACCACCGAAGUCCACGACGAGGAGAGUGAGAAUUGACUGGCAUGGACUACCGAUCUCUGCUCACGAAUAUUGCAGGAUCUCGGGAUGGACUGGGAGUCAAUCGUUUGUCAUCUGCUAAUUCUUGCUUUUGCGAAUCAUAUGGCUUCAGUAUCAGGG